AUGGCCGACCUCGCCCACCCGCCGCGUAAACCGCUGCCUACGCGGCCGGCGAUGUUUGCGCCGCCGUCCCGCCAACCGUCGAACGCCACGGUGUCGUCGUCGACGCUGGCCGCUACCAUCUCGCGCAGCUCGUCCGCCCGCACGGCCACGACCAUGGUUGGGCCGCCGCCGCCGGGUUACGUCGCGCGCAUGCGGCGUCAGAAGGCCACAGUAUGGUGCGACCGCGCGCAGGCCGAAGACCCGCGCGAGGCGCAUGCCCGCCGCGUCGCAAAACAGCGCGCCCUGCUGGAGGUGCAGGCCCGCGGCCCGACGGGCGGCCACAGCACGGGCGGCGGGCGCUCCAGCACGCUCGCCAGCACCGGCAAGAUCCGCCACAGCUCGGCCUCCAAACCCACUGCCUUCACCACCGGCACCAUGGUGGGCGCCGCCGUGCCGCUGCGCCUGAGCGCCAACGAGAUCGGGUCCGCCGAGGACGACACCGACCUCAAUUCUACCAGCACGCCCGGCGACGGGCUGCAUCGCCGCACGGGCAGCGGCCGCAGUUCCGCCGGCAGCGCCCGCCUUUCUCGCCCCGCCCCGCCGCCCGCCCUCGAGCCCGCCCUUGAGCCCGCCGAUGAGCCCCUCCGCUCCGCCGCCCCAGCCCCACUCCCCGCCCCCGCUGCCCGCCCCGCCAGCGCCCACUCCACCCACAGCCAUCUGGAGGACGACUUCGGCAUGAUCACCGAUAUGGCCGCCCCCAGCGGUGCCGCUGCCGCUGCUCAGCGACACAAGGCUGCCGACGAGCUGAGACGCCGCGGCAGCGUCGACGACCGCACCAGCUCCAUGGCCAGCGUCCGGCUCUUCGUCGCCAACCCGGACCUCAGCGACUGA